AUGAGGGAGGACGACGGGGGGAAAAACCCUAACGGAAGGUCAGCCGACUUGAGCAGCCAAAAUGACGACGUUGUAGGGGAUGACGAGUACCCCGAGGAAUUUUCCGAGUCAGGCGAAUCCAAUGAGUUUUUAGAAGGGAGCGGGGGGGGAAGCGGCGAUGGAAGCGGAGGAGACAGCGACGAAGGAAGGGGAGAACGUGCAGAUCGCGGAAAGCAGGGAGAGGGCCCAUGCGCGAGUAGCCUGCAACCCGAGAAGGAAGCAGAACUCCAAUUUGCUAAAAUGAAAGAAGAGGUCCUGCCUGUGCACAAGAAAAAUAUAAGCGGACUAAAGACAGUACGAAAGGGAAGUAGCCUCAUACUGACCGGCAAUGACAACUGCAUCCGCAUAUAUGAAUUUCAGAGUAUGAACAAGGCGGAAAAAAGCUGUUCCAAACUUAUCACCUUAGCAGAAGGAUCCAUCAUUCAGUCAGUGGAUGCGACUAGUAACCUGAUCUUGGUAGCGAAUGGAAAUAAAUCAUAUGUGUAUGACCGGACAGGGAAAAUAGUGAAAAAUACGAUCAGGGGAGAUAUGUACAUUACCGAUGUUAAUAAAACCAAAGGACACACGAGAAGUGUUAACUGUUGUCGAUUCCAUCCCUGCAAUGAAAACAUCUUCGUAAGUGGAAGCUUAGAUAGUACCGUUAGAAUUUGGAACUUGGAGAAAAACAAUUGUUACGGGAUUGACAAAGAACUAGUGCACCAUCAAUGUAUGAAGGUGGUGAAUGAAAGGAACAUGAUUCAAAACAAUGUCCUAUGCUGUCAGUUUGUCCGGGAUGGAAAUUCCAUCAUCUUGGGGUGUGAAAACGGACAGAUAGAAGUCAGAAAUAAAAUAUCGAAUGAUUAUAUGUAUAGCCCCAAACCUAAGCAACACAUCAGGAGAGACAUUUCCCAUUCCGAUUCCAUUGUCGACAUUUUGACAUGCAGAAAGCGGGAUCACUUUUUUUUUACCAGGAGCUUAGAUAACAGCGUUAAGUAUUGGGAUAGGAGGAAUCUACAAAGGUGCGUUAAAACCAUUGAAUUCGUUCCGACCAUUUUUAAAAAUAGCAACAUGUCUUUGUGUGGGAGUGAUGAGCGAUACCUCGUGCUGGGAACACAAGAAAGGAAAGAAGUGGUAAUAGAUGAGGUGCCUAUAAAUGAGGGUGCCAUAGGAGACCGAGGGGGGGGGAGUACCCCUCACGGAAAAAAUUACAUACCCCAGGAACUGAAAAGGAAGGGAGCCGACUCAUAUGCCAACAACUAUGUGAAGGUCUACCAGGGGGAUGAAGACAUGGAGCAAUUUCUAAACGAAGUUGCUGCUUCGAACAAAACGGAAAAGUUCAUACAAGGUGCACUAAAGAUUUACGACACAUACGGGGAGGUCUUCGAUUUGGUACAUGAGAGGCGGUACGAAGAGGAAGGGAUCAUAUGCACGCAUUUUAAUGACCACAUAAAUCAGCUCUUUUUGGGCACCACGGAUGGAAACUGUGUCGUAUAUUACGAUGACAGUGAUGACGACCAACGCAGGGGUGCUGACGAGCGCAGCGCCGAGGUGCCUAUGGGAAGGAAAAAAAAAGGAGGCGUCCUGGAGUACUUAUGCAAAGGCGUAAAACGGAAACAAGAAAAUGCCUCCUUUUACACCAACUGUGAACACAUAUAUAAUUUGGAUAAUCUGCCGAAGGAAAUCACAAUAACUGACGAUGGAAAUGUACUUAUAAAGAAGGACGUGCUUAAUGCUAAGGUUAAAAUGAACCCCAAACUGAGCUCCUUCACAGCAAAUGCAUAUGAGAAGAAGAGGCAAGUCGGGAUGUAUUCUAAAUAUAUAGUAGAUUCCAAGCCUAGUAGGAAGAACUCGCCCAUCAACCAAACCAACAAGGAGAAUGAGUAUGAAGAAGAAGACAUCGUCGAAAAUUUGCGAAAAAGAGAACAGAGAAAACAAGGGGAGGACUAUUUUAUGAAUGUCUACAAGUAUACGCAGCCGCGUGCCAUAAUUGAUUACUCCUCUGGCGAGGAGCAAGAGUACUCGGAGCUUCUGAAGAAACCCAAGUGCCCCCAGUGCGGGGUUAAGAACUGCGUCUGCGGGUUUAUGCGCUCGGGGAGGAAGCGCGGUCGCUGA